AUGAACAAACCAUUGAAAGCUACCGUGAACUGUGAUAUGGGGGAGGGCUUCUCCUUGUACACCAUCGGAGAUGACGAAGGUCUUAUGAAGACGAUCCAUUUAGCAAAUGUUGCCUGUGGAUUCCAUGCUUCCGACUUCUCAGUCAUGAACAAGACAGUUGCACUCGCCAAGUCCAACAACGUCCUUGUAGGGGCCCACCCUUCCUUGCCUGAUUUGCAAGGCUUUGGACGUCGCGAGAUGGCAAUUGAGCCGGAUGAGCUAGAGUCCUGCUUCAUCUACCAGGUCGGCGCAUUGGACGGGUUUCUAAAACGCCACGGCCUUCCAAUGAAUCACAUCAAACCACACGGCUCAGUCUAUGGUCAGACAGCACGCUCUAUCGACCUUGCACGGGCAGUUGUUGGUGUCACAAAGAUCUUCCAAACUAGCGCGGCCAGUCCUCAAGGUGUAGCCUUCAUGGGGCUCGCUGGAACAGCUCAUCAACAAGCUGCAGAGGAGCUGGGCGUGCCGUUUAUCGCAGAGUGGUUUGCUGACCUUGAUUACAAUGAUGAAGGGAAAUUGUUGAUCACGAAGAAGCAUGAUCCAGUGCUUGUUGAAGUCGUACGCCAGCGAGUACAAAACCUUUUAAAGUUCCACAAAGUUUCUACGGUCGGAGGCAAGCUGCUCGACAUUGGAGCAAACGUCGCUGAAGUCUCUAUAUGCUGCCAUUCCGAUACUCCAGGUGCGGUUGAAAUCGCCCAAGCAGUGAAAGCCUUGGUAGACGAAAACAACAAAGAAGCUGGUUAUGUAUAGGGAAUCUAAUAAAUGAGUAUAAUAAAUUUCAGUCCAAG